CAACAAUCAUCAUUAGCACACCUCCGCUCCCAUCGGUCUCAACUCCUUCUUCAAGCUUUAGCGCUCUCGGGACUUUGCUGUUCGGUCUGACGUGGAUUGGUCUUCCUGUCAGCAGAACGCAAUCUCCGAGACGCGUUCGUUACCUGGCCGCCUGAGAUGAAGGCUUCCAGGUCGCUGCACUACGCUCUAGGCGGACCUAGAUUCCAUUGCCGUCUGGCGAGAUGAUUCCUUGACGGACACCAGAGAGUGUAACGCGGAUAUCUGCCUGCGAUAGAGACGCCUCUAGCGGAUAUGGCUCCUCGAGGCCCGACCUCCGCUUUUGAAAGCGAAUACUUCGGCAAAGAUGCAUCUUUCCGACUUGAGCAACCUGUGGGAUCCAUGACCAUUUCUCCGAGCGGCCGAGAUGUCGCGUUGGCAUCGAAAGAAGGACUUCACAUCAUUGACCUGGAUUCUCCCUGGGAUCCACCGCGUUACCUUCCUCACCGGACUCCCUGGGAAGUCGCCGAUGUUCAGUGGUCUCCAUUUGCUGCAAGGGACUAUUGGGUUAUCAGUACAUCGAACCAAAAGGCCCUGGUUUGGAAUCUGGAUGCUCGAUCGUGGCAAGACCCCAUCGAAUUCGUCCUUCACGGCCAUACAAGAGCAAUAACAGACAUCAACUUUUCGGCCCAUCAUCCCGAUGUCCUUGCAACUUGCGCCGUUGAUAGCUUCGUGCACAGCUGGGACUUGCGAGCCCCAGCGAGGCCCGUCAAUUCCUUUUCCGACUGGUUCGCAGGUGCAACUCAGGUCAAGUGGAAUCGACAAGAUGAACACGUCAUUGCAAGCUCUCAUGACAAGUUUCUUCACAUUUGGGAUGACAGAAAUGGUGCAUAUCCCGUUCGAACCAUCGAAGCCCAUGGAACGAAAAUCUAUGGGAUCGACUGGAACCGCCACCAUCCUAACAAAAUUGUCACUUGCUCCCUGGACCGGACAAUCAAGUUCUGGGAUUUCGACGGAGAAGAAAGCACGCUGGAGCGCGUCAUCGAAACACCAUUCCCGGUAUGGAGAGCGCGUCAUACUCCUUUCGGAUGGGGACUGCUCGCCAUGCCGCAGCGCGGUAACAGCGACUUGCAUCUCUACGAUCGUCGUGCGAUCAACGGGGUUUUCGAGAGCGGCCCUGUCCGUCCAGUUGCGACAUUUGGGGGGCAUGAAGGUCAGGUCAAAGAGUUCCUGUGGCGCGCUCGGGGAACAAUCGUCGACAAUAUCGAUAAUAGAGACUUCCAGCUGGUGUCCUGGGGCACGGACAGGGAGUUGAGGCUCCAUGCCGUUGACCCCGAUAUCUAUGCAGACAUUGGGUACGAAAAAGGUGUCUCCAAAAUGCAACGGCUGAAUUUCACGCGAAGGGGUGCAGUGUACAAGACCUUUCGUGAUGUCCCGGGUGACGCCGAUUCCCCCUCGGACGACACACCUCGUAGUGAGGUCUUCCCCCGCCACAGCCACCUCACGCAUUUCCGACCUCGCUCAAGCACCAGUGUUGGCAUGAGUAAAAUGCCUGUUUCUCAGUUCCGUGGCUGGGUUCAAGGUGGGCGUUACACGCAAAGAUCCGGCAUGCACGGAAGAGGCAACAAUCGUCAGAAUACGGACCCAAUCUCAUGGCUCAAGAACGUGAAGAUAUUUUCUUGGGAUCCUGAUACAUUGGCUGAAGAGAUCCGGCAGGUAGGAGAAAAGUUCAAAAAGGUGGAGUUUGAGGUCGUCGAUAUCUCGCAUCGAAAGGCGGUCAUGUCAGUCCCUUGGGGAGAAGACUCGAGCAAAAUUUAUCUGCGCGUGGAGAUGAAAUUUCCCAAACUAUAUCCUCGGAGUGCAAAUGCGAUCUUGACUUUGCAGAAGUCGGGAUCUCUGGAUGAAGAAACGCACAGACUGAUAACAACAGAAUUGCACACGAUUGCAGAAACCUACGCUUCCAGGAAACGUGGAUGCCUCGAAGCAGUCUUACGCUACUUGCUCCGGGAGCAGAAUCUUGAACAGAUUGUGGCUUGGGUUCUUGGGGAAUCGCUGGUCGAUUCAAAGAUCUUGGAUACGAGCACAGUCGGGGCCGACGACUCCAGCAGUGACAGUGAUGAUCAGCUAGAUGGCGUGCGAGAAGGGCUCGAUGCUUCGGCGAACAUUCUCGUACCGCUGGCCAAGGGUUGCGGUGCCCUUUGGUCCGAGACAGGAAAGUUGGUUUGCUUCUUUCCUGCCAAAGGAAACGAGCCUGUCUCCUUUUUGAGCACUCUGGGCGUCAAAGACCUUGAGGAUUCUGAGUCUGGCAGACUCUUUGAAGGCUUUGGCCGUCUACACGCGAGCUCUCCGGCCCGCAAACCCACCCGAGGGGCCAAAACAGCGGACGAUGAUUCUGACUCCGACACAUCAGACUCGUCAUGGAAGUCAUCCAGCAGUUCCUCUUCCUCAUUCGAGACCGAGCAAAAUAUUCCCGGCGUGUCAUCAUACCGAGCUGGGGCUUCCGGGCUCCAGCAACGGUCGCGCUCGCCUGAUCGGUCCAACCAUUCUACUACCGGAGGUCCCAACAAGCUGAAUGAUGCUCCUCGCAAAAGCGCCGUGUCAAUACAUACCUUUGAUGAUCUGAUUCCCUCAAAACGUGAGCUUGCGGUCGGGUAUCAGCUUUUUGGCGACGGCCCAGACGUUUGCAAGCACAAUGCUACUGUUGCGCGAAACGCGUCCCUCAGAGACCUUGAAUCCGUAUGGAUCGUUGUCGGUCUUGUCUUGGACAACUCGGUCCCGCUGGAAGUUCUCCCUGAACUGCGGGAUCCUACUUUGCAAGACGUUCUAGUGAUCGCAAAAACGGUCACAGGGAGAACUCCCGGAAAGAGCAACAAUCAUCUAGACAAGCACAAUGUCUUCGGAAGAACACGAUGGGGCAGCCAUCCUUUCGGCUCAACAUACCUACUGCCUGCUAUCUUCGACUAUUUUGAAAGACUCGGUGAUGUGCAGAUGCUUGCCACAUUGGCUUGCGUCCUUGCUUCAAGCAUCAACAAUGGUGUCAUACCAGGAGACGACCAAGAACAAAUGCCUAAGCUUGUUUCCAGCGACGUGUCCCACACUCAGAGUGAAUAUUUUCCAUCGAGGGCCGUAGCAAAGUCCUCCUUCCAAAAGGAUGUCGAAGUGGAAGGAUAUGUCUUCAUCCACUCCAAGAAUGUCCCUUUGGGUCCCGGGGUCCAAGGCCUAGGGGGCGCUGAAAGCCGGCGCAGACCACAUCAUCUCUUGGGCCGCCAAGGAAGUCAGUUCUCUUCCAGGGCAGCAAGUUUCGUUGCCGACGAUUCUCAUGACCCAUCUGCGCCUUAUUCAACUGCUGUUUCAGUGUCGACAUCCCCUGAGGGGAAUCGACCAAGCAACAAAACAACUUCCGGCAUUUCUUAUUCCUCUGCGCGAGCAAGUUUGUCGGCCUUGACACAGUCAUACUCAAACUCCCCUCCGAAUCAGAGUUCGUCAUCAGGCUUUGCAUCUAGCCUGAAAAAAUAUAGCCCCUCAGGGUCACUGGCGCCUGGCUGGGUGUCUUCGGGCAUAUUUGGCAGUCAAAUGACAAGUAGGGGUUCACGGAUGACCUUUCAUCAUACUGAAGGUGCGGGUCAGGAUAGCCGCGAGCUGGGCAAUCGCUCGUCGCUAUCAUCCUCCGGCGCGCAGAGUUCUCGGAGAAGUAACACUAUGCAAACGUCGGCAAGCCGGCGCAGCGGUGUAUCUGUCGUAGAGUCUGAGGUCUCAGAGAAGACUUUCGGCAAAACCCCUCCGAAGCGCAGGAAGAUCAAAACACGCCUGAUUAACCAAGACAAAUUCGACCUGGACGGGUAUUCAUCCUCGUUGAUCUUGGACCGUGUCCUGGAGAGGAAGUGCAGGAUGUACCGCGAAAGCUAUGCGAAUCUUCUGGAUGUGUGGCAGUUGCACCUACAACGUGCUGAGGUACUCAAGUUUGACGGCAUGACAGCUGAAGGGUCUGACUUGGGCCACGGUCGAACAAAUGGUAUUCACCCACCUCCUGGAAAUGGUCUAGAGCGACCACGCAGGAAGACGUUGACCACAGCGUCUCGAGCCACGGAUCUUGGUCUGGAAAUCAGACGCCUGUGUCGCAAUUGUGGGGAGCUUCCAGCACCGAUAGAGAAAAAUGGCGUUCCCAUCGGAUGGCAUUGCGUGAGUCCAUCGUGCAUUCCACCAUAUCAACUUUCAGGGGUGAGAGCUCCCAAGGCACCCAAGCGAAGUGCAUGUGCCAUUUGCAAUACCUCCAUCUCGGGUCUAGCGGUCCCUUGCUUGCAGUGUGGGCAUAUGACGUGCUAUGACUGUGCUCAGGGAUGGUUUGGUGCUCGACAAGCAAAGCACGACCAGGCGGAAUCGAGGCGGUCUUCAGCUGAGAAAUCACAACUAUCGCCAAUUGAGGGCGAGGAUGGUGCAGAUGCUCUUGGCGAAGAACCACCGGAUGAACAUGAUGCUUGUCCUACAGGCUGCGGCUGUCCCUGCGCGACGCUCGCCACGGUGACUGUGCCAUUUCCUCAAUCGAACAAUGAAGACGCCACUGCAAGCAAUCACGAGCAUGCCUACCUUGAACCGCCCCAGCUGACCCACCAGCUAAGCCGCAGCAGCGGCGGAAGUUCGAAUCUACCUCGCUCGACAAGCCUCCUUGUCCCCACUUCCUCCCAUUCGCAUUCCUCCACCGACGCCGGCACCGGAGGCGCAGAUACGGCGCUGGCGGCGGCAUUUCUGGCUCUCACCCAGUCCCACCAACGAUCGAAAUCCGUGAAUCUGGUGUCGGCGCGGAGCAAAGCUUCAUCUGUCUCUCGACAUUCGGAGACGCAGAAUCCAGGCGGGUCGAGCAAAACGCCGAACGAAAGUGGCAAAUCAACUGUAUCCGAUAGCGACGGAGAGCCGGCUGCGGCGUCGCAACUAGGGGAAGGGGAUGAUUCCAACUCACUCAAUCCUUUCGCCGGGAGCAAAAUUGCGACGCUGGGACGAGGCAUUGGCGCGGGUCUGAGCCGUGGGUUGACUUCAAAGGCCAGCGACGCCACAAUUCGGAAAAUCAAGUGACGAAACCAACUAGGGCUUCUUUACGUGGCUAGUAAAAAGGCGAGGUAUUCUGUUAUCUUUGUAUGAAUGAGUUUGUCCGUGGAAGUGUACAAAAUAUAGCUAUGGAUGUGCAGGGAAGAUGUGUACGACUAUGAGAUGAGAUGACCAGCCACGAAGAUGAUACACGCGGGAAAUGGUGAGGAAGGGGGCAAAGGCAUUGCGGACGGUGGUCUGCCCGAAGGUGCUAUCUCAGGGGUAUGGUGGGAAUAGUUGUGGUUGGCGUCUUUGUUUGCUGUACAUGUUUCGUCGUGACGAGUUGAGUAGUGUAGGGCCUAUAUUCAUUUCACAACGACCUCCCUCGCUCUAGGUCGCUAGCCAUCCUCUCCGACUCGGGAGCGAAAACCCUUUCAGGCAGAACAUGGAUACAAGCGCUCAUCCAAAG